AUGACAGCCCUCGCACAUAAUGGUGACUCGGGCUGGCUGCAACAAGAACCUCCAGCACUACCUCCUGGCUAUGAUAAACACCAUAUCGUCUUCCUCGAGGCUGUCCAUUUUCCGCUGGCUAAAUUGCCCUUUCCAUACACAAUAGACACGUAUUCGAAGACCAAACCUAGCGAGAUAGCUGAACGCAUCAAGAACGCAACCAUAGUCAUUGCCAAUGUCAUAGAUGUGAAGCCUUCUGACAUGGAUAACGCACCACAUCUGCAGCUGUUAGCUAUACUGGCGACUGGUAUGGGUUGGGUUGACAAGGAGUAUUGCGCGAAACGAGGAAUUACCGUGGUCAACACUCCGGCUGCUAAUAUCGACGCUGUGUCCGAGCAUUUCCUCGCUUUGUAUUUCGCAGUACGCAAGAGAACUGGCAUCGUCGAUGAGAUCGUCCACACGAGUGACGAUUGGAUACAGACAAAUAGCUUGACAAAAAGAGUGUGGCCUCUUGGUCCGCCACUAGGUAUCAAACAGGAGAUACUGGGCAUAAUUGGGUAUGGUGCGCUGGGCAAGAAUAUCGAGUGUCUGUGCAAGAUGCUUGGCUUCAAGGAGAUUCUCAUCGCUGAAAGAAAAGGUGCCAAAGAGGUUAGAGAGGGACGCACUAGACUUGAGGACGUGCUGUUAAGAAGCACAACUAUCUGUGUGGUAUGUCCUAGAGCACCUGACACAAUCAACCUCAUCGACGAAGCAGAACUGGAGAGGAUGAAGCCUGAAACAAUAGUGAUCAAUGUAGCAAGAGGUGGGAUCGUCAACGAAGCAGCACUCGCUAAAGCGUUGAAGGAGGGAUGGAUCUUUGGAGCCGCAACAGACGUACUAGACAACGAACCAGGCGGUCCAGGCACUACGCCUCUCCUGCCAGAUGUAGAGAAUGGCGAAGAGGAAGUCCCGAACAUGAUCGUCACAACUCAUGUCGCCUGGUUCUCAGGAGCCACUAUCGAGAAUUUGCAGAACAUCAAUCGUGAUGCAAUGACGGCAUAUGUGGAAGGAUCUGGAAAGAGUCGUGAGUAG